AUGGCCGAGACCGAGGAGAGGAGCCUAGACGACUUCUUCGCCAAGAGGGACAAGAAGAAGCGGCGGGAGAAAGGGAGCCGGGGAGGCGCCGCCGCCGCUGCUGCCGCCGCCUCCGCGGCCUCCUCCGCCUCCAGCGCGCCGGGGGGAGCCCGGCCGGCCGAGGGGGGCUCCGGGGCCGCCGCCAGCACCGUCUCUUCCGCCAGGGCGACGGUUAAGGAAGAGGAUGAAUGGAAGGAAUUUGAGCAAAAAGAAGAGAUUGACUACAGUGGGCUCAGAGUUCAUUCCAUGCAAAUAAGUGAAAAAGAAGAUGAUGAAGGUGAAAAGAGAGAAGAACCAGGUGACAACUGGGAGGAGGCUGGUGGUGGUUUAGAGAGAGCAUCUGGUCCUUGGAACAAGACAGCUCCUGUGCAAGCACCUGUUGCUGAAACUAUUGUUACAGAAACCCCGGAACCAGUGCAAUCCAGUGGUGUAUACCGACCGCCUGGUGCUAGGGAGACCAGGACACGGAAAGCACCACAAGGACCACCAGAGAUCUAUAGUGAUACACAGUUUCCAUCGUUGCAAUCCACUGCCAAGCAUGUAGAUAGCCGAAAGGAUAAAGAAAUGGAGAAGAGCUUUGAAGUAGUAAGACACAAAAAUAGAGGUAGGGAUGAGGUCUCAAAAAACCAGGCACUUAAACUUCAGCUAGACAACCAAUAUGCUGUGCUUGGGGAUCAGUAGAGCUGCAUACACAUUACAAUUAAGGAAUGCUUUUUUGGUAACCCUCCUAAGGUAACUAAACUACAGCUAACGACUAUGAUGAACAUGCCAUCUUAUUUCUGCUGGAUCUGCUGCGGCAAGUGCAGACUACUUUGACAUAAGUGAUUGCUCUCACACUAUGGAAGCAUAAUGUGUUACAACUUUCUUCUCCAUUGGAUUUGGGGGAAAUUAAUGUAAAUGGUUGAACAAGAUUCAUCGGUGUUCUUUAAUUACUCUGAAAAAGUAUCUACAGUCAGUGGUCAUUUCAAAAUCUUUUUAUGUUCAGAUACUGAGCCUUCGUAAGGGUUGACUACCUCAGACUUGCUGCACUCAUUGUGGACACCAUGUGGAUCACAACUUCUGGAAAAGAAGGUUACAACUGUUUUAGUGGCCAUCUGAAACCAGCUUCUCUACUGGGUACCUGUCAGAAAUCCUGAAGAAGUCAGCCAUUUGGUUCUGAUUUGCUAUAAAUAACAAAGAUUUAAGUGACCUUAAUGAGAAACCUGUCUGGUGUCCUAUCCUGAGGAAUCCUUUCAUGUGUAGCCAUAGCCUACUAGAGACUUUUUGGAGCAUACCACUUUCAAAAACCAUCAAAGUAUAGUGCAGAGCUGUAGUUUGUUUACCUUUUUAGAUAGAGCUGUACUGAGGUAACCGCAAAACAAAACUCAUUCCAAUACAAAAUUGCAGGGUGUGUGGGGUGGGGAUUGAUUGGGCUGUUUGCAUUAGCCAUUUUCACAGUUGUGUUUAAGUGUUUUCUUCUACAAAAAAUGCCUUCUCUGUUUCUGGUAUAAAAUUGCAGUAUACUCAAGUAAAAAUGUGUUAAUAGUGAUGAGUUUAUCUUGGUUUUCAUAAUUGGGUUGCUUCUCUUUCUAUGAGGGACUAGGACUUCAGUAGGAUUUGAUUUGGCACACAGCGGGAAACCUGUGCUCCCACACUAGUCUUCAGAACAUAGUUUCAAAAAAUACAUGCAGUAUACAGGGCAGUAAUAUUAACCUCAAGAUAAAUUUUUCUGUUGUGGCAAAAGUAACAGCUGUCUCCAACCAAUCCUGUCUUAUAUGGGUAAGCUGAUAUAAGACUCUGAAGGAAGGAUAACCUCAAACCUAAUGAGAUUUCAUUUGUUAUGGCUGCUUCUGAUCACCUUGUGAGCUUGCAAACUGUUCCAGGCAGAAAUUCUCACUUUAAAUGACAUUUUCUCAACUGCAGGAAGCCUAGUGACAAUGGAAGGAGUGACGGCUUUGUUCAAUUUUUGGUCAGCUCUAUUGACUUAAUUUAGUGGAGAUAAAUAAAAUGGCAUUUGUAUGUUAAAGGUAUAGGAUAAAUAAUACCCAGUUGCUUCUAUACAAUGAAAGAGAAUCUGACAACCACCCACACUCUCCCGGGGCAUGCUAUCUGUCUUUCCCCUUGCUUCGUUUAGUUUUGUUUAAUAUGUUAGUUAAGUGAGUGAGCACCUCUUUCCAAAUCUAGGUUUCUCCCUGUAAAUGUGAAUGCCAAAAGGAGGGGCUGCAGACUUGCCAAUAACAAACCAAUCUUUCUGAUGUGGCAGUACUUCACCUAUAGGAGACCAGGCUUGGUGGCUCAUGCAGACAUUAUAUGGUUAGUUUUGUUUGAUUUAAUUGCUGAUGCUCUAAAGUCUCUUUCCUUUGAAGUCGGUAAGAAUCUUGCUGUUGACUUCAGUGGGAUCAGGUUCUCACAAUAUGCUUGGAAUAGAACUGGUCUUAAAGCCCUUGCAGAGUUAACUUUUGUCAGUAAAAUUUCCAAACUAGUACCUGUGAAUAGGUAGACUGAUCAAAAGACAAAUUUAAAAACCUGAAGAUUCAUUUUUAGAAUCAGAACCACUGAAAGUAGACUUGCAUUGAUACUGUUGGACUCUGAGCCAUGCAUCUUCCCUGAAAGAAUAUCUCUGCCAACGAAACAUGUUGGUUUAAUGUCACUAAAAGUUUAAGAUUGUCCUAUUUGCGGUAAAGGGAAGUGUCACUCUAUGACAUGGUAGAAACCUGAAAUACUAAAUCCCAACUUUGUUCUCACAUUUUAAAGGAGAUUGGAGUUGUUAAUGCACAUGAAUCAAGUUUUUAAUAUACUGUAUGAUGGGUAGAUGAGGCUGUCCAUUGUACCUUUAUUUGAAUUCUCAGGCAUGGUUUUGGCAGUGCAAGAAAACCUGUAACAUUAAUAAAUCUAAUAAAGUGGAAAUACACAUGGAUCUUGGAGUCAAAUGUAUCUUUACCUGUAGUCCUAGAUUACACCAUGCAGCAUUUAAAUAAAUGGAGGAUAACUGGAUAGCUUUGGGACAGAUAAUGGAAGUACGCAGUCAUUAAGUUCAAAUCCAGAUCAGAAGAGCCAAAGUUAACAGCUCAUGGCAAUGUUUGGUACUACAUAGCCUUCAUAUAGUGUGGUAGCUAGACUGAGGUCUCUGGAUAGUAUCUAAUUCAAAUCACUAUCUGUUUUUAGCCCAAAGUGGCAUUCUCAGCAGUGUCCAUAGACUGAAAGGACAGAAAAAAUGUAUUGGGUCUUCUUUGGAGUUUGCUACUCCCUAUUCAGUGGAUGGAAAGAGGUCUUUAAGACUACUUGUGAAAAGUCACACUUGCUUAAACACAACACUAUACAUGUCAUUCUAAGUUCUUGCUAGAAUAUCUUCACAAAACAAGGCAUCUGGAAAUUUUGUAGGGGCUUUUCUGAUUAAGCAAUGCAUUUAGGGAGUUUAACAAAAGCCAAAUUAAGGCAUGCAACUUUAUUUUAUUGUUAAGGAUGCUAUUUAGCACCUUAUUAUAAUAAAACAAAUACUAUUUUGAAUCACACUCCUUGCAGAUGUAAAAAUGACCUAAAAGUACAAUGACCUGUCUGAAAUGAGGUUCAGAUUUAUAUGGCUGCUAUAUUCCACUUUAAUUAAACAUGCUGAUAAAUUAAAAAUUAUGCAUGAGCUUUGAAGCCUUAUUUUAAAAUGAAGAAAAUUCUCACCUUUACAGCAGAAGUAGUGAAAAUAUCAGUCAGUAGUUUCUAGUUCUAUGAAACUUUAAGUGACUACUUGUUUAAACACUCCUGUGGCUAACAUACAGAUUUGUGAUGUAAAAGAGUAUAUACCUCAAUGCAUCUCUUAUGCAGAAGAGAGAUGACACAUAAUUACAAAGCCACUAGUAUAACAGAGCAUCCAAUUACACUAAAACUGGUGCACAAGGGAAUAUUCUGGAUUUGAAUUUUUGAUGGGAGCCUAACUUUUAAGGUUAAUGAUUAAAUUGCUAAAAACUUUGGGGGAGUGUGGGGAGGGAGAAUGUGCUUAUACUAUCUCUUGGAGCUUUCUCCAAAAUAGGAUUUCCAGAACCCUUUCAGCUACAAGAAUAUUGGCAUCUAUGCUAAUUACAUCAGAGAGGUAGAACAAAGUUGCUAUUUAACUCAACUCUGUUACUCUAGACUUGUCUUGCUUAGUCUCAAUCUAAAAGUAAUGAGGAAGCAAUAGCUACAUAGCUGCCAUGCAUGGUAUUUGAUUUCCACUAGUUUAAACUAUUUUUUUGUAGCUGGCUUUAUCAAACUUGUCAAGGAUAAGUGUCCUUAACUUUUUUAAACUAUUUUUAAAUCAUUCAUUUAAGUCUUCUCUAGGGUUCUCUGACUUCAUGGGUGCUCAUUUCAUAUCUGAAUGUGUGGCCUUUUGUUCGUGGAAGCUACUACACUUCCAUAUGCUGAAAUUUUUAACCCAUCUGAUUUCCUUGGUCUGCUCUGAAUUUGACAGCAACAAAGAAGGCAAGACUCCUGGAGGGGAGUUUACUUACUCCUUGCUAUGAAAGUCAGGAUCUCUUAGACACUCAGAUGAAUUCUAUAGUUAUGAUUCUUUGCCUAAGUGCCAAAACUCGAUAGCGGCUAAAUCUUUCCUUGACUUAACACAAUUUCAGGUAACCUAAAUAUGCUGCUAAUUACACUCAAUAGCUACAUCCCUUUACCUCCUCAAUAGUGUGACCUAUUCAAAGACAUGUACUUCAGAAAAUACACGUCUCUACUUGAUAUGUAUGAUGAUCCUGCCGAAACAAAUAAUUUUAAAACCAGGUGUCUUUUGGCCUUUAGCAAAAGCUUUUUUGUUUUGUUUUUGUUCUGAGCACAAAAGAAGCAUCUUCAUUCUCUUGUGACCCGUUGUAAGUCUAGCUAACUGCAGGAUGCUCAGUCUCUGUUUUUCCUAAAUAGACUUCUAAGGUAAGAAUAGGUAUGGGCAUUUUCAUUCUAAAGUGGGGGGGGGGGGGGAGUGAGUUUCUGAAUCAUAGUUUAAAUGAGAUGGUGGUAGAAAACAUGCUUGUAAAAUUUCAGUAAUCUAAAACAGCUAUCUGGUACAAUAGUCACUUGAUAGUAAAAACUGAAACAUUUUGUUCUGUGUAGAGCUGAGUAAAAACUUCCAAGGAAAAUAUAAGUAGAAGUUAAAAAUCAAGAAUCCAAGUUUAGAAGGGGAGGUGUUAGUUUGGGUCAGCUUUAGGUAGGGAGAGAAGGAUAUUCAGUUUAUAGCAGAUAAUCAGAAUAGCGCACGACACCACUCAAAUGUUAGUUUGGAUAGAAAAGAGGUAUUGCUUAAUAAGCAAUAACUUUGUUUCUCAAGCACUAAUGUAGCUGUCAUGUGUUUUGGUUUCAGACACAAUGGUACAGGAACAAUUUGAAAAGGGUAGGGAACACAAAAAUAAGGCCUGUAAGUAAUGGUUAAAGUGUUGUGUACAGGAUAGAAGAAGGAGGUUGUGUUGGAGGAAAAAUGCAAUAGCUUCUGUGCUGAAGAAUGCUACAGCGAUGAAGAGGAGCAGUCCUUAUUGGUCAAAGGUGACAUGCAUCUUAAGAUUUAAAUUGAAGCAAAGAAAGUUUGAAAAUCAAUAUGGGGGGGAAGCCUCAGAAUGCAAAAAAAAAUACAUAUUGGAAAAUGGCCUUUGGGGAGGUUGUGGAAUGGCCAGCUGUACAAAUCUUAUAAUCAAGUCUCUAAACUACCACACCUGUUUUCAGUAAAUUAGGAUAGGGCCAAGUUGCAAGAUUCAUUUAUCUUGAAUGAUAUAAUAAAAUAAUAGUGUAAGAUCUAAUUAAAACAAAAAUAAUUUCCCCCCUCCAAAGACUUAGAUAAAAAUUGUGACACUGAUCCAAAUUGUUCUGAAGAUAUCCAUAUGUAUUUCCUUUUUUCAUGAAGCAAUUUCUAAUAUGUUGAUUAAACUUUUAUAUGCAAUUGCUCAGGUACGAUACACUAUAUAUCAAGCUUAGUGAAGUUUCAGUGGGCUACCUAACUAGAAUAUGGAUAUUCAAGGUGGGGUACCAAAGUAUUAAGUCCUCAGAAAAAGAGUGGCACAUCUAGGAAUACUGACAUGGAAGAUCUGGUCUAAAAACAAGAACACAAGAGGAAGACUGGUCGAUAGUAGUUAAGGCGCAAAUCUGGGUUCUAUUUGCAGUUCUUUCACUGAUGUGCUGUGGAACCUUGGGCAAAUAAUUUAACUUCACUCUGUCUCUGUCUACCUGUAAAAUAGGUCAUAUUUCCCUACCUCACAGGGGUGUUGUGAGGCUUAAUUCAUCCUUUGUAAAGUGCUUUGAGACCAUUUGAUAGAAGGUGCUAUGGUGUGUAGACUAUACAAAUGAAUUAGUCCAAUGCUAUUGGUUGGUUGUUAUAAUAAAAGAAGACAUCUGGAUUAGUUUUCAGUACAGUAGUUUAAUACUACUUUAGGGGAAGCUUAUAUCUAUGAAAUGUAAUAUACAUUCUAUUAUAUUUAAGUAUUAUGGGAUCAUGUAACUACAAACUUAUAAUCCAUACAUUCAAGGAGCAUAGUUAAGGUUGUGCAUUCAACCUUUAAUUGGUAUUUCCUGAUUUUGUGUAAUUAACUAUGCAACCCUAACAUUGUAUUAACAUAAGUUGUUUUGUUUUUGCAUGGAAUAUAUUUAAAAUCAGUUUUGUCAUUUUAUAAACCCCAUGAUGGAAAUAAACUUGUUCACAUUGUUGUUUAA